UGAAAGUGCGCGCUCAAACAAAUGCCAAUCGUCAACAAGGCGAAUUUUCUCAUUCCGGCGAGCUAACGUGUCGAGCAUUCCGUCAAGAUGGGUCGGUAUGCUCGUGAAGCCGAUAAUCCAAACAAAUCGUGCAAGGCACGAGGAUCAAAUCUCCGUGUUCACUUUAAGAACACAAGAGAAACGGCUCAGGCCAUCAAGAAGAUGCCCCUGAGGCGUGCGUUCAAAUUCCUGAAGAACGUGACCGGCAAGAAAGAGUGCGUGCCCUUCCGCAGAUUCAACGGUGGCGUUGGUCGAUGCGCGCAGGCCAAGCAGUGGGGCACCACGCAGGGCAGGUGGCCCAUGAAGUCUGCAGAGUUCCUUCUGCAGCUCCUGAAGAACGCCGAGUCCAACGCUGACUACAAGGGUCUCGAUGUUGACAGGCUAGUUAUCGAACACAUCCAGGUCAACAGGGCCCCAUGUCUGCGUAGAAGAACCUACAGAGCUCACGGCAGAAUCAAUCCUUAUAUGAGCAGUCCAUGCCACAUUGAGGUGAUUCUGACUGAGACUGAGGAGGCUGUUGCCAAGUCGUCCGAGGAGGAACCAGCAAAGAAGAAGGUUUCAAAGAAGAAACUGGCUCGCCAGAAGGAAAAGAUGAUGCGCGAGUAAAUUCAAAUCCCCCCUUACGUCUGUAAGUCUAUUUCACCGAUUCUUACAAAUAAACAAAAACAGCCUGUUAAAAAAUCA